GACUAGAUCCCAUCGGGUAUAGUUGGGACAACUCUGUUGGAGAGACCGUCUUCCAAACCCUAAUUCCGAAGAGAUCUUUCCUAUUUAACUCAUAUAAAUGGCUCUUCAUACCAGAUCCACGUUUG